CGACCUACAAUUCAAUCCAUCAAUAAACCUAUGAGCUGAUCACAACAAACAAAAAAUCGAAAAACCAGAAAUCGUUGCUUCGAGGAAGAAGAAGAAGUCCGUCAACUACAACAUCGAAAACUAAAUCUGAAUAAGGAAUAUGGAUGUUAGAACAGUGAUUCUUUUUUACAAUGGAACUUGGGUUGACAAAACAACAUACGUUGAUUAUGAAGUCGAAGGUAUACUAAUUCCAACAGAUUGUUCACAUUAUGAGCUUUCUCACAUAGUAUACGAAGCUUUGAAUUUGGACAGAAACAAAUAUACGAUUGAUCUUCAAUUUCAAGUAACUGAAGGCAUACCACCAAUAAGAAUCAAAGACAAUAGUGGAUGCAAGUUUUAUGAACAAAUACGAAGGAAAAAUGAUGAUGAGACCAAAUAUCCUAUCUGUGUUAACAUCUCAACAUCCACAACCGACAAUGAACACAAUGAUAGAGUAAACUAUACCUACAAUGGGGAAACUAGUUUACAAACAAGGCAACUGCUACCAACAAGAACAGAAUAUGCAACAAAGAUGGCAGAUUAUGUGAUUGAACAAACUCAAAUAUCGAUGGAAGAAAGCUCCGAAGAAAAUCAAAUAAUUUUAAAUCCUCAAGUUGCUGAAAUACACAUUGGCCAAGUUUUUGCAAACAAGGAAACCCUCCAACAAGCAGUAAGCCUUCACUCAAUAAGAUACAAUCAACCUUUCAAGGUAAAAAGAUCAUCAAAACUAGACUAUAAACUAGUACGUAUUGAUGAUAACCGCAACCGGACAUUCUGA